GCGGCUCGCAUCCGCCACCGGGACUCGGGUUUGAGCGCGCGCGCGUGACGGAGUGCGGGACAGGGGGCCCGGGAGCGCGGACAGGGGACAGCCAUGUGGACCUGCGGGACCCUCUUCUGCCUCACUCUCACUGUCACUCUCAUUCUGUCCGCAGAAUGCAAGAGGAAUUUCCUUCAGGACUACAAGAAGAGUGACGGGAUACGACUGCUGCAACCUGACGUCUCGUACUCCACCAAGAGCAGAGCCCUCAAUGUGGCCAAGUGUGCCAAGAGAUGUAGUCGUAAUAAGAGGCCUGCCCUUUCAUGUGGAGCUUUCUACUUUGACCAGAAAAACAGGAAAUGCCAUUGGCUGUCCUUUGACAGCUACACGCAUGGCACGCAAAAAGAGCCCGACUUCAACGUUGAUUUGUACGAAAGGAAAGACUAUGUGAAGCAAUGCAUUGUGGGUACUGGAGCAAAUUACAAAGGACCAAAGUCUGUCACUAAAACUGGGAUACCGUGCCAGCGCUGGGCGUCCUCCAUGCCGCAUGACCACAACUUCUUGCCUGCGAUGAGCACGAGGAAAGAUCUACUGGAAAACUACUGUCGCAACCCGGACAACGAACCCACGGGACCCUGGUGCUUCACCACAGACCCACAAGUGCGGCACCAGUCCUGCAAUAUUCCCCAGUGCUCCGAUGUGGAAUGUAUGACCUGCAAUGGGGAGAACUACAGAGGACCUAUGGACCACACAGAGAGCGGGAAGGAGUGCCAGAGGUGGGACCUGAUGGAACCCCAUAAGCAUCCCUUCCACCCGAAAAGGUACCCGGACAAGGGCUUGAACGAUAACUACUGCCGCAAUCCUGAUAACGCGGCUUCGCCCAUGUGCUAUACGGUGGACCCGAAGAUCCCUUGGCAGUACUGCAACAUUAAAGUGUGCGAGUCAGAUACCAAGCCAAAUCUUGAAGCGACGACUACGUGCUUCCGAGGACAAGGGGAGGCAUACCGCGGUACGGUGGGCGUGACCCCCAGCGGGAUCAAGUGUCAACGCUGGGACUCCCAGUUCCCCCACAACCACUCCUAUAGCCCCGAGAACUACAAGUGCAAGGACCUGAGGGAGAACUACUGCCGAAAUCCAGACGGUGCUGAUCUCCCAUGGUGCUUCACUACUGACCCAAAAGUGCGAAUGGCCUUUUGCACAAACAUUCCCAGGUGUGGGACGGAAGCACCUGAGAUUGAAGACUGCUAUGAGGACUAUGGUGAGACAUACAGGGGCAAUGUUUCUAAGACAAGGUCUGGCAUUCCUUGUGGCCGUUGGGAAGACCAUAUUAAGAGAGAUGCUACUGUGGUAGCUGCCGGACUGGAGAUGAACUACUGCAGGAACCCAGACAAAGACAAACAUGGUCCAUGGUGCUACACCAACAACUCAUCUAUUCCGUGGGAUUACUGCUCAAUAAAGCCCUGUAAAGUGUUACAGAACAUAAUUUCACCAAAGAGCGAUGUGACAAGGUAUUCAUGUUUCGUCCAUAAAAGAACGAGGAUUGUUGGAGGUAACAAUGUUAGAAUCAAGGAAGGGAGCUGGAUGGUCAGCAUACAAAAAGGGAACAGCCACUGGUGCGGCGGGUCACUGAUCAGAGAGGAGUGGGUCCUAACAGAUCGACAGUGUUUCUCCUCCUGCGUUCCAGAUCUUUCUGAAUACAGCGUGUGGAUGGGGUUCCUCUACCUCAAUGACUCGGGUGCUGAUGCAUCUACCAAACAAGAACUCAAAAUUUCUCGUGUCAUCUGUGGACCAGAAGGCUCCAAUUUAGCACUGCUUAAACUGUCCCAACAAGCCCUGCAGACUGAACAUGUGCGAACAAUUCAGCUCCCAGUUGCAGGAUGUGUCAUGAAGGAGGGAACCAACUGUACCAUGUAUGGAUGGGGUGAAACCAAAGGAACAGGCCAUGAAGGAGUCAUGAAGGCCGUUCAGCUGCCGAUAGUCAGCAACGAGAAGUGCUAUGAAUACCAUAAAGGAAACCUUCAGAUAACGGAGAAUAAAAUCUGUGCCGGCGGCAGGAAGGAUGAAGGCAGUUGUGAGAGGGACUAUGGAGGGCCCCUGGUGUGCCAGGAGGGGGAGAGUAAAAUCAUUCUUGGGGUUAGCAUUCACGGCAGGGGCUGUGCCCUUCACAACCGGCCAGGGAUCUUUGUGAAUGUACCCUUCUACAGUGAGUGGAUCCACAAAGUUUUCAAAUAUUACCCCAGCCUGGAGAAGAACUACUAGAGGAGUCCUUUUCCUGGACCGUUUGAGAAAUGGACCUCUUAGAAGUGGCUGUAACAUCUGUGAUGUUCAAGACUCACUUUGAAAAGCCCUUUGUUGCUGUUUGGACUCUUAAACCUUCGCAGUGUUCCGUGACUGAUGUUGGCAAGAAAAACUGAGGAAUUCAGAGUUUGCGUUCAUGUGGGAAAUAACCAAAGGCAACUGAAUGAAAUGGUGAUGAAAUCAAUUAUUUUUUAAGAGCUAUGCAAAAGUGUGUGUUUGUUUCCAUUCAGGGAGCAAUGGAGAAUAGAUACACGCUGACAGUUUUUUCCUUUACCGUCUCCCAAUAGCACACAGACAAGGUAUCUAAAGUUAUUGCAAGCUUUACUGGAACAUUUCCCUUUAGACUGAAAUGGUAUGAAUACUUUCAAGCCAUAUGUAUAUUGAGCUCGGACUUAAUCAUGCACUUAGCAGUGAUGGUGAAUGGGUAAUAUUGAUGACAUCAGUGAAAUAAUUGCUUGCAUUUCUGUAAAGUAUUCACAAAGUAUGGUCUCCUGAAGAUACUUGAAUAUGUUCAAAACACCCAUCACCGUUUACUUCUUUCUGACUGAUGCAUGCUUUGCAUUAUUACACAGCUUUGUUGUUACUAUCGGAUUUUAUUUGUAGCUACACGAUGUUCAAAAACUGUUUAAUAUACUGUUGUUUUAUGAGUGCAUUUCUGACACUCUUAGUGUUUUUAGGUCUUAUAGAUCUGUAUUAGCAAUGUUGCUAACUUAAAAGUGUCCAAAUGGCCUCUCCCUAUUUGAGUGGUAUUUUAUAGCAUGCAAGGUUAUGAGCUGAACCAAAAAUGGGACUUUGCCAUAAAUUAGAUAUUUAUGAGGUUUGGCCUGAAUUUGUAGAAACAGGGAAAAUGUUUUUACAGUGGACUGAGGAUGUUAAAUAAUAAAAAGAAAACAAUCCGUAAAUUACAUACUGUGGAUGCCCGGUGGUUGAUUUUGAUUAAUUCCUAUUUUGAUGGUGGUUAUUUUUAAAUAUUCUGUAUCGAAUUAAACACAUAACUAUUCCAUGUCUAUAUUCUUGAAUACAUUCAUAGCUGUUUUAAUUAUGACCACUAUUGUAAGCGCAUACAAGUAUAAAUAGGAGGUUCCAACUGCACUAUGAAUGACUACUACUCUACUUUUAUGUUUUCUGCUGGUCAGAAAUGCUGUAUUUAUGUAUGUAUGUA